CACAAUUAAUUUUUUUCGAAAGAAAAUUUGAAGUUGCUCGCCCUUGUGCGACGACGCUUCGGUCGUGAGCGCGGGAACCUAACCUAACUUUUCGACUUCGUCUCAUUCACGAGACCACGUUGUAACGCUGCACUGCUCUUACUACUACGUUACUUUUCCUCUUAGUCUUCUCGCCUGGAUCGGGUUCAGGAUGUGGAUUUUGGGCACCUACGUCAACAACAUUCUGGCUAUUAUCUUAGGGAUUCUCUUAUUGGACAUCGUAUACGGUUAGCGGUGUUGUCUAUUUUCUUGGAAGGAUUUGAGACUUUCCCAUCGUUCGAAGUUCUAGCCGAAGCGUCCAAAGCCACUCGAGGAGCCAUGGGGUUCUUUUCUUGGCUGGCCAUCCUCUCCGUUUUCCAUUUAAUGCUGUUCGCCGCAGUCCCAACUGCUCUUGCCCUGUACGAUAUGUACUCCGUUAAUUUUGAAUAGAUCGAGGACAUUGUGAGCUUAUAUCCUGCAGAUGAUUCAAGAAUAAAAGCAGUCAUUAAUGCAGCCAUGGGAGUGUGUGAUUGCAAAUGCUAAAUGAAGGAUUUAGCAACAUACCCUCAACCGCCUGAUAUCUAUGCCUUCCAUUACCUUAGCAUUCUGCUUUUUCUAGGAAGAACAGUAAGAUGGGCAAGCUAUUGUCAAAAAUAUUCGGGAACAAGGAAAUGAGAAUACUCAUGUUAGGUCUUGAUGCAGCCGGCAAAACAACAAUUUUGUAUAGAUUGAAAGUUGGGCAAUCCGUCAACACAAUACCCACAGUAGGAUUCAAUGUCGAGACAGUGACUUAUAAAAAUGUUAAAUUUAAUGUAUGGGACGUCGGUGGACAAGACAAGAUAAGGCCCCUUUGGCGGCAUUACUAUACAGGAACGCACGGAUUAAUAUUUGUCGUAGACUGUGCCGAUAGAGAUAGAAUAGAUGAAGCACGACAAGAAUUGCAUAGGAUUAUUAACGACCGAGAAAUGAGGGAUGCAAUUAUCCUCAUUUUCGCCAACAAACAAGACUUACCAAAUGCAAUGAAGCCUCACGAAAUUCAAGAAAAAUUAGGAUUAACUAGAAUGCGAGAUCGAAACUGGUACGUGCAGCCAUCUUGUGCAACGACGGGAGACGGCCUCUACGAAGGACUGACGUGGCUCACAAGCAAUCAUAAAAUUUGAGAAGUUGUUUUCAGUAUACUCCCUGCCUGUAAUAUACUCAUGUUUAGUCAUUGAUUAACAUUAACAGUUUGCACUUAAAAAAUGCUUUCUUCGUAAAUGUGUUCAAUGAAUCCGAGACUGACUUGGCCAGAUAUUUCUGCACAUCAAUGAUUUCUUUUCGUUUUUUUCCUCGAUCCUUUUCCAGUGAAACGAGGAAUUUUUACUCGAGCUAUAGUUUUCCAUUUUUCCUAACUAGAAUUAUUUUGUAAAUAGAAUAAUCUUAAACUAAGUUCUCGCUCCUCUUUUUUUACCUCUUUAUUUAUUUACAUAGCAUAAUUUCCCCUUGGCAAUAGUUCAAGGAGCAACUAACGUUCACAUUAAUGCAAUUAUGCAGUCCUCUGUCACUGUCCUCGUUCCAACUUUAGUCCAAUUAAUUAAUUUAAAUAAAUACCAAUCUGAAAUUAUCAUCUCAAGUUUCACAGCUUGUAUGAUCUAAUUCCAAUUCGAAGCAAUAAAUUUUGUUACAAAUGUUUGUUAAGCAGAACAGAGUCUUUUAGACUGCAGAAGAAUCAGGGUACGCCAUGGAAAAUGAACCCUAAAAAUAUUCUAGAAAUUCCUCUUUUCAAUGGCCAUCUUUUUGAAAACUCGUAACUUAAUUUAAGAAGUUGCAAACACCCCGUUAUGUUUUAUUUUUUAAAUUUAAAAUUAUUCCACACUAUUCCCUGUUUUUUCCUUGCUGUGUGAUAAGUACUCUCAGAAAAUUUCAAGCAAUAAAAUUGGUUCUUUUUCUUUUAACCAUUGAAAGAAAUAUGUGACAUUUCAAGAUGCAAGCUUUUUGGUACAUAUGUUUAGUUCCUUGUUUUCAGAGUUUAGCCAUUGAUUUUACUUUCAGUUAUGUUACCUCGGGAACCAGUUUCUUUUUAAGAAAGUUCGAAUAGAGGCUUCGUUUCCACGGGUUUUUUGAUAAAGACAAAUGUUUUUACACGCAUACUGUACUAAAUUAAGGUGGCACCCUUCAAAUAUGAUGAUUUUCAAAAUUACAUUAUUUGGUUUUAGUGCCUGUUUUAUUUCCAAAGGUUAAGAUUUCUGAUGUCAAUUCUACUGUUUUCUAUCUUCGAAGCAGAUCUUUUGAAGCCAAUUUUUUUUCUUUCUUUCUUUAUUUUUUUAAAACUCUGUAGUUAUUUGUCCCAAGCUCUUUCGUUCUAAAUACCUACCUCUUUUUUGGUAAUGAAAGUUUUAAAAAUUAAAUAUUAAUUUUUAUUACAUAUACUCUCCCAAAGUCUUUUCAAACCAUUAAAUUCCUCAAAUGAAGAUUUGGGACUUUAUGCUGGGAAAUGAAUACAUAGUGACAUAUUUCAAAACCCAGUCCGCCGAACUUGUAUCUGCAUUUUAUCUGUAGAUAUCAUCCGUUUGAAAAUAGGUCUAGGUUUCUCAGACCUCCAAGUUGUUACCUAUUUUAUUUUCAUCAUCAUGUAGAGACUAUUUUAGGCUUUUGGAAUUGCUUGUGACUAAAUCCUCUCAGGAACAUAGGUAAUUUCUAAGUGGAAUGAAUCAGUAGUUUGGAAGAUUGCACAAUAUUGUAGUUUGGAGAUGUCUGUCGAUGAAAGGAACCAAGCCAAAAUUUUGAAGGCAGAAAUUGGAUGACCAAGCUCUGAAAAAAUAAAAGAAAGUACUUCAAAUUGUGAUGUUUUUCAAUUAUUUAUCGUGUAAUUUUUAAAUGUUUCUCAUUUUGCAUUCGGCGAAUUUCCCAUCAAUUUUUAUAUUCAGGCUUGAAAUAAAAUACAUGAAAAUUUUAGCAGCCAAGUUGUACGGUGCAAGCUUUUUUCUGGAAAGGAAGAAAUGAAAGUGGAAAUUCUAGAACAUUUGAGUUUAAAGAUCUGGAGUGUUUCCCAAAAAUAUUUUUCAGGAAAAAUGAAUCAACCAAGGUCAAGGUUAUCCUAUUGAUAAUUUAAUUUAAAUACAAAUUUACUCUCAAAGGAAAUGCUAACAGCGAUCUACUUUGUCUCCACCCUGAAAAGCAGAAAUAUCUGCAAAAGCAAGUCUUGCUGAAGCAAAUGUCCAAUAAAUAAAUGGGUAAUCUAUAACUGAAACGUUCCCGACAUCUUUGAAUUGAAUGUAUUUUCAUCUUCUCUCUCAAUACCAAAAUCUUUCGAGAGGUCCAUUCAUUUUUUUUUUAAAAUAAUUUUUUCUAUAAAUUGUUACUAGUGUUAACUAUUUGCUAUUACUUACAGGAACUACGAUAACGAUUAUUAUAAUUUUAUCCAUACUUAUCCAUAAGAUGUCGUUAUCUCCAACCCUUAACCCUUCAUCAAAACCCUUAGUUUUAAAAUUUCAAGAUGAUAAAUGAAAUCUUUUCACACAUUUUUGUAAUUCCUUUUGAGUCCCAGACUGUACGCAUCUUUGUUUUUGUUUUAAAUUAUCUCUUUUUCAUGAAUUUCAUCUUCUACAUUUCAUUUGUAACGGAACAUUCCUUUGACUUUAUUUUUUUUUAGUCUACAGAACUUGGAAACAGUUGUUUCAACUUGAUUGUUUUGGUAUCCAUCCUCUCACAAAUAGUACAUAUGUAAUUAUGUAACAUGAUUAGUUUCACUAUCGUCACACCAUCAAUGAGUAAAGUUUACUUUUUAAUGGGGUUUUCUCAGCUUUUUAACUGUCAUUCCAGAAGAUAGGCAUCAAUUUUACAGAAUAAUAAAGUUAAACACUUCUCUCUCUCAUGAAAAAAUGAAGUGAUUAACUCAAAAGCAAGGAACUGCAAGUUUUUAUUUUGAUUUUGAAGCUAAUUUCGUUUUAAUGAUGAUAAAGGAGUAUUAAUUUUUUGUAUGCCUGAUCUUUCAAUUGUAAAUUUUGACAGUCUGGUUGCUCGUGAAUUCCUCAUGACAAUUUCAUUUUGAAACGAAGAAAGUAUGAUGUUAAAAAAUAGUUUCUUUUUCUAAUCAUGGAAGCCUUUGUAAGUCUUUACUCUUCCUUUCAUGUCCCUUAUGUGUUAUAUGUACUUGCUUUUAUUCAAAGUGAAGAUAUACAUUUUUGGCUUCGAAUAUUUUCAUUGCAAACUCAGCAAAAAAUUUUAUCUCCAUGCCAUCAAAAUUGUAUUCUUUUUACAUACCUCAAGUAUUAAGACUCAUGAACGCUCUUAUUAAAACUUUUCUUGCUAAAAAUCUCAAUUGAAUUGAAAAUUAUAAAAUCCUGUAUCUUCGUCAAAUUUUCUUUUUCGCAAAUAAAAUGAAUCCUCAAAUCCUCUGAUUUUUGAAGAAAAAUGUCAUGAACUUUACUCAAUUCAUGGUGGAAUCCUGGACUUUUUACAUUUCCAUGUUUUCUUCUCUUGGGUUAAGGGUUAAGCAUUUUCAUUUUCGGCGGCAGUUGAACCGAAAGGCUGCCCUUUCUAUCCAUGACAAAAUAAUGUCAGGCUAAACGUCCAAGUAAUUCUGGUCAGAACAUUGGAACCUGAUUUUUAAAAUGUGAUUCAAUGCUAUUGUGUACUCGACUUGAUGAAGUUGGAAUAACUUGCAAUUAGAUCACUUUGUAAUUUUUUUUUCUCGUUGAUUUUCACGUUGCUUGCCUUUGAUCGUACGAAUGUUUAUUUGAGGAAGAAUUAGAUUACAGUAGUCUCAGAAUUAGUUGAAGCAUUACCUUCAGAAAAUAUUAUCUCUCAAGUAUGGUAUUUCUCGUAUUUUAAACAUGCACAAAGUUAGUUUUUGGCCAAUACGAUUACUUUUUUAAACGUCAUUGUGAUUUUAAAAUUGAAGAUAUGCCCUUAGCGUUCAGUUUGUAACAUACUCUAAUUUAAUUCUGUUUUUGUUUUUCCUCCGUGUAAAUUGUUAAAGUUACUGCUAUCAUCAUUAUUUUAUUUACUACACCUUUUAUUUAUUCAGUUUAGGUUAUUUAUUUUGAUCAAAUAUUUUGUAUAGUCCAAAAUAAGUGUAUAAAUUCAUUUUCUCCUUUUUUUAUUAUUAUUUAUUUAUUUCCGCUGAUUAAAUGGUACGUACUUAUAAGUGUAUGUUGUCAUAACAAAAUUUAAAUCAAUAAAGUAGGUCAAUUUUUU